AUUCAAAACAAAACGACCAUGUCUAGAUUAUGGGUCAGAUAGGAGACCAUCGGCUUUAAUCUGGUUGACUUCAGCGGAAUUUGUUUCGCUGAAGAACCUUUGUGGAGAUCCAUAUCUGGAAUAAACAGACUUCUGCAGUGACAGUCCGUGAACGCCUCGUCGCUCCUCUGCGGCUCCUUCUGCGCCUAUUUGUCAGCGGAAACGCGGCAGGAUGUUUAUAAUUAGACGCUGAAACAACUGACUGCGCGUUUGUCGAGCCGUGGAAAAAUUAAAAAGAAAAAAAAAAGGUGUUUCCACAAACGGUGCUGUCAAACACAAGAGGACCAUAGAUGUGAUUCUUUCUCACCGCGAGCUUCGACUGAGACAAAAAACAAAACAAAAAAAACAACAAAAAAAAGGACAUCUUAAAAAUGAUGUCAGGAAAGCAUUUCAAGGCUCAUGAAGUGAGCUGCUGCAUCAAGUAUUUCAUCUUCGGAUUCAACAUCAUAUUCUGGUUCCUUGGAGUGGCGUUCCUCGGCAUCGGAUUGUGGGCAUGGAACGAAAAGGGUGUCCUGUCCAACAUCUCCUCUAUCACAGACCUGGGCGGUUUCGACCCGGUCUGGCUCUUCUUGGUGGUCGGCGGUGUGAUGUUCAUCCUCGGAUUCGCUGGUUGCAUCGGCGCCCUGCGAGAAAACUCCUUCCUGCUCAAAUUUUUCUCUGUGUUCCUGGGUAUCAUCUUCUUCCUGGAGCUGACUGCAGGAGUCCUGGCCUUUGUCUUCAAGGACUGGAUCAAGGACCAGCUCAACUUCUUCAUUAACAACAACAUUCGGGCCUACAGAGAUGACAUUGAUCUUCAGAACCUGAUAGAUUUCACCCAGGAAUAUUGGGAGUGUUGCGGUGCUUUUGGUGCGGACGACUGGAAUCUAAACAUCUACUUCAACUGCACCGAUUCCAACCCGAGUCGUGAGAAAUGUGGCGUGCCCUUUUCCUGCUGCACCAAGGAUCCCGCGGAGGAUGUCAUCAACACUCAGUGUGGCUACGACAUCCGAGCAAAAACGGACUCUGAGCAGCGAACAUUCAUCUAUAUUAAAGGCUGCGUCCCUCAGUUUGAAAAGUGGCUUCAAGACAACCUGACAGUGGUGGCAGGCAUCUUUAUUGGGAUUGCAUUACUACAGAUUUUUGGCAUCUGUUUAGCACAGAAUCUCGUCAGCGACAUUGAAGCUGUGAGAGAGAGUUGUUUGUUUACCUAAGACCUCCUCAGAAUCUCCAAAGGCAAGACGGAUGUAACAGGACUUUGCAGUUUGGACGCAGGCAACGAAGGGAAAUAACGAAUCAGCUGAUGUGUCCAGAACAAAGAGUCUCAUUCAUGUGUACAUAGUAAAUUUAGAGUUAUUUUUAGAGUUAUUUGUGGCCCCUACUUUAGAAUGAAGCUCGGCCUCUAAAACAUACUGUAGCUCUCAUACAGUACAACACAGACUCUCUAUAGCAGCAGAUGUGAUGGUAAAGUUCCACCUCCGAUGAGUCUGUACGCCUGCCAGCGAAGAGUUGAAGAGGGUCAUAACCUGUAAGCAGGACAGGAGAAGGUAGAUCUCAUGUUGUAUCAGAGGCGGUGCUUCAUACAGAAAAAGGGGCCUCAGUUUUAUAUGUCUUACAGCUGCAGUUUUUAACACUGCAUGUAAGGAUUGUGUACAAAGAUAAAAAGUGAUUCUGGAAAUGCACUGCAUGCCUUUUGUCUACUGGUAAGGACAUUGGCUCUCCUAAUUGUGUUUCAUUUAUGUUAAGUAUUUUAAGAAUAUUUGUAAAAUAGUCACUAGUUUAGAGAGAAUCGGCUGGUUGGCACUUUGUUGAAUGUUCAAUGGAAUCUACUUAAAGCUACCGAGAAUUAACUUUAGAUUUAUUUUCAUCUGUGACAUCACGCUUAUAUACGAUUUGUAAGAAGAGGAAGAAGGAUGCAGUAACACGAGGGAGCAUGAUGGAUGUUGCGGGCUUUGCAAAGAUGCAGGUUGUUCAAGGUUUUCGGCAGAGACGUUUAAAAAAGACAAAACGCCUAAAUAUACUGAAAGAAACCGAGAGAUGUUGCAUUUUAAAACAAAACUCAGCCUUAAGCACUUUAAUCUGCAGUUUCCUUCAUGACUGUUAUUUUAGUCAAGCAGCAGCCACUAGAGGGGGCACUUUUCUCUAAAAACUGCAUCUGUAAUUCACCAUAAUUUGUCCCAAGGUAGCUUUACAGAACAUGUGUUUCAGGCACAUUAUGAGUGUUGUGCCGUUCCUUGCACAUUAUCUUAUCAGUGUUCAUGCAUUCAUUCAUUUCCUGAUAUAUUUUGUAAGUGUUUCCGAUGUGUUCCUUUUGAUGAAAUCUGCCAAUAUUGUUGUUUGUGUUUUUUUUCUUUUCUUUUUCUGUUUUGAUCUGUACGUUUUCACUGGAAAAUCUGGGAUACAAGCAUACUCAUAUACUUCAGCUCAUGAUGAACGGUGCGCUCACACUGCUCGAAAGGCACUUAACUGAGUGUGAGAAAGGAUUUAUAGCCUGCAUACAUACAUUACUUGAAAGCAGAGCACACAGGCUCUCUCACCAGCAUUGUUUUAAAUGCAAACUUGGAAGCCGACGCACAGCUUAAAUGAUUUUCUUUCCUAGACGCGCAUUAUUCUGAGGAAUUACCUUUUAAUCGAACUGCACAGCAGGAAAGUAAAAACCUCAUGUGGAGGCAGCGUAAACCUGCAGCAGAGAUUUUUUUUCCUUUGCAGCCUUGAUGAAGUGAGCAGCCUCACACAGAAUAUAUUAGAAAAAUGCAUUUCUGCAUUUUGAAAUAUUCAAUAAAAUGUAAUACAGCAGUAGCACGCGGGUCAAAUAUCCUGUUUUUUUUUCCCUCUAAAAGCUUCAUAUGAUUGUUGUUGACUGAUCACACUUUUUCUUACCACUCAGUGCCAUAUUUGUGAUCUGUGCUUCUACAUACUCUUGAUUAUUAUAUUACUUUUGUUUCAUCUGUACUCCUGAUUCUUGUAAAUAACUGGAUUGUGACGAGUUGUAAAUAUAUAUCUGAAUAAAUGUGGUAAUUUGGUAGA